AUGGCCCCCGACGCGACGAGAAACAACGACCGCGCUGCCGCUGCCGCUGCCCAGCUUCAACAUUACACAAUGAAGACUUCCUCGAGACCGGCCUUGGGCUCCUCGCACUCCCACAGCUCUCGGCCCUCCCAGGGGAACCUUCAAUCCCUCCGCGCCAAUAUGUCCACAACUCCCAUGGCCUCUCCGCGUAUGCCCCAUUCCGUCGGCCAGCCCUACCCUCCCAGCGCGAAACUUUCACCCGGCAUGCCCGCGGCUGCGGCGAUGGAGACUCGUAGUCCGAGUCCCAAUUACUUUGGCCUCAGCAUGGAACGUCAAGACGAUCUUCGCGACUCGGCCGCCGCUCCACUCGAUAAUUGGAGCCCGCCGACCUCGUCUGUCAAGUCGUUUGGUGCUGCCAUACCAAAGCAGAUGCCCCUCAAUGCGAAUCCUGAAUUUGAAGCUUUCCGACGCCAGGCUGACGCGAAUCGGACCAACACCUUUAGUCUAGGCGGUUCACAUUUUGCGCCCUCUUCUGCAGCUCUGAGGCCUAUACCGCAGCGGCGGCCUACCAACCAGAGCGACGCCGCUUCAGAGCUGUCGUUACCUAGGUCCUCGAAUAGCAAGGCCCGAGAUGCCGUCGGUUGUCGCAUGGACGUCGAUGCUGAUAGUCUGCACGAUUCGGCCUACGUCUCGUCCGACUCCAAGCGGAACUCGGAGGCGUCCCUGAAUCCCAUGUCUUUGAACAUGCCCCGAUUCGAAUCGCCCGCUCACGCCGAGUCCCCAUUCGAGUCUAUUCGUAGGACAACACUAUCCAGGGUCGAAGAUCGGCAUCCGAGGCUGUCACUGCCCCAAAACAAGGUCGAGUCGUCUGGGCAGCCGUCUAAGCCACGGUCUGAGACACUACCAGCGAAUAUGGACAACGGCGAGCCGGGUCUAAUCCACACAAGCCAGUUGAAGGAAAUGCUUCACAACACGUCAGAAUCCGAAUUCAUGUUGCUGGAUGUCCGUGUUUCUACGCACUAUGCCCAGUCGCGCAUCCGGGGCGCUCUGAAUCUCUGCAUUCCUACCACACUAUUGAAGCGGGCGACUUUCAAUCUAGAAAAACUCCAGAAAACGCUUCAAAUCGAGGAGGAUCAAGAGAAAUUCGCGCAAUGGUCGACCGUCAAGCAUCUGAUUGUGUACGAUGCUUCUUCGUCUGAGCAGCGCGAUGCCGUCGCUGCGAUGAACAUGUUGAAGAAGUUCACGAACGAAGGAUUUUCCGGCAGCUCAUACUUACUCAAAGGAGGCUUCCAUGCCUUCGCAGCCGCUUACCCGGCGUUCGUUGACCAUCAACAUGCGGCGGAAAGAGGCGGUACGUCUGUCACUUCAGCAGGUGGUGGCCGGCCGAGUUUUGCGCCCGUGAUUGGCGGCGUGAUGCUCCCCACUGCCUCCAGUGGUGCCAACCCAUUCUUCAGUAAUAUUCGACAAAAUAUGGAUUUGGCGGAUGGUGUUGGACAGAUGGACAUCGCUGUCCCCCCAAAUGCCGAUUUGGACACUAUGCCUCGGUGGCUUCGCGACGCGGCGAACCCAUCCGAUCAUGGCAAGAAAGUAUCAGAACGGUUUCUCAAAAUUGAGCGCAGCGAGCAGUCCCGUAUGCGGGCUGCGUAUGCUGCUUUCAAUGCAUCUACCCCCUCAGCUUCCGGCCCUGGGAAAGUUCAACUAUCCGGAGUUGAGAAGGGAGUCAAGAAUCGAUACAAGGACAUACUUCCUUUUGAGCACGCUCGUGUGCGUUUGGCCCAUCGGGCUGACGGCACUUGCGACUACAUCAAUGCCAGUCACAUACAGGCAUCGCGGAGCCACAAGCGUUACAUUGCUGCCCAAGGUCCUCUGCCUGCUACAUUCGAGGACUUUUGGUCGGUCGUAUGGGACCAGGAUGUGCGUGUCGUCGCCAUGCUGACAGCAGAGCAAGAGGGUGGGCAGCUCAAAUGUCACCCUUACUGGCGUGGUAGGGAAUUUGGGGCAUUCAGGCUGAGGCCACUAUCGGAGAAAAAGAUAUCCCUGGACAUAGACAAGAACCGCUCGAGUUCCUCAGCGUCGUCGGCGUCAGGCGCUUCGGACUCUGGUCGACGGCGUGCCAACACGACAACCACACUCGAUUCGGCUGCUCCGCCUGCGCAGCCGGCGCAGCCGACUUCCGAGGUGCCCUAUGUCAUCGUUCGAAAAUUCGCGCUUUCCCAUACGGCUCAUCCAUUCGCUCCUAUCCGCGAGAUCACUCACCUUCAUUACCCAUCAUGGCCCGAUUUUGGCACUCCGGCACAACCUUCACACCUACUGGCCCUUGUCGAGUUAGCCAAUGUGAUGCAAAGAUCGGCACUUCCUGUAGAGUCGAGCACUGUAACUGCGGCAGUCUCCGCGCAGCACCCUGCAACCAUGAGCUGGUACGACGAACCGGAGUCUGACGCAAAGGCCAGACCAAUGCUUGUCCACUGCUCAGCCGGCUGCGGCCGAACUGGAACAUUCUGUACUGUUGACAGCGUAAUAGAUAUGCUCAAGAGGCAGCGCCUCGCAUCGCCGGGAUCUCCGACAAGAGUCGAUGGCGAAGGGGAUGUUAGUAUGGACGAUGGCCCUUUAUCACCCCGGACAGCGUCGCAAACCUGCGAUGCAGACGGGCGUAAAAAGGCCAGACACUAUGCGUCAGGUGGCAUAGGGAGCAUGGAGGCUAGCUGGGUCGGCGAUAACAACCUCGACUUGAUCGAGUCUACCGUCGAGGAUUUCAGGAAACAACGGCUCAGCAUGGUCCAGAGCUUGCGGCAGUAUGUACUCUGCUACGAAAGCAUCGCUGAGUGGGUGUGGAGACUCCAAGACCGGAGCAGUGGUGCUAUUGCAGGCACAGGAAGCGGAAAGAUACCAUCAGGGGGCGCGUACAUUAGCCUCAGCAUCCGAAUUGAUGAUGCGUUCGAAGAUGACGAGAAUCAGCACUAG